UUGACCUCGUUUGUUGCCAAGUAACGAUACAGCAGGAGAGAGAGAGGGGGGCGGGCAGCAGCAUGUCGGAUCUGGGCGAAGACGAGAAAACUGGCUCUUACUCCAUCUAUUUCGCCGAGGGAGAGGCGCUCGCGAAGCAGAAGCAGUUUCAAAAAGCCAUAGAAUCAUUCACGAAGGCACUGGAGUUCCAGCCAGAGGAUCGGCCGUGUCUGGUGGAGCGGUCCAAAUGUCACCUGCAGCUGGGAGACACUGCCGCGGCUCUGGCUGAUGCUGAGGUCUCACUCAAGGAGGAUAAGGCCUACCAUCGAGGUCUCUAUCAGAAGGCAGAGACGAUGUAUGCAAUGGGAGACUUUGAGUAUGCUCUGGUUUUCUACCACCGAGGAGACAAGAUCAGGCCGGACAUCAAGGCCUUCAAACUCGGCAUUCAGAAGGCACAGGAGGCCAUCAACAACUCCAUUGGAUCUCCUGCUGCCUGCAAGCUGGACAAGACGGGAGACCUCUCUUUCUUUCAACAGCAGGACAUGAUUGGCAAGAAGAGAGGGAAGCGCAGAGCCAAAGCUGCCGCAGCUACACAGCAGAAGGCAGUAGGGGAGAGAAAACCAGUGGCCUCAGACAGAGCUGUCAAAGACAUUUUGGGAGAGCUGUAUGUGGAUAGGGAGUAUUUGAGCAACCUGAUCAAGGAUCCUGGGCUGGUGGUGAGUGGGGGUGAUCGCUCCCUGUACACGACAGUCGACGAAGCUCUCGGCUACCUGGACGCACGCACUGAGUUCUGGAGACAGCAGAAGCCAAUGUAUGCCCGGAAGAGGGAGAGAGAGUUGAAGAAGUAUCGUCCAGCUCCCACCAGACCACGCUCCAAGGGAGUGCCCAGACCUACUGGUGGUGCUGGGGUAGACCACACCAAAUAUGUCCUCAAGGCUCUGGAAGACAUUGAUUCAGCAAUGAGUGGUGGUGAGGCAGAGUCGGGCCUGGAGAAGGCGCAGCAGCUGAUGAAGACAGUGGAGGAGAUGUCUACGACCGACCUCCCCAACAAGAGAGAGUUCAUUGCCAGCAUCCACUCCUGCAUGGGAAAUGCCUACCUGGAGAUGGGAGAGGCCCAGCUAGCCCUCGAGCAGCAUCUCAGUGAUCUUCAAAUCACUGAAGCACUUGAUCAUGCUGAUGCUACUACAUCUCGUGCUCUGGACAACAUUGGCAGGAGCUACUGUGUUCUUGGGGAUUUCCAGAUGGCCACUGACUACUUCCAGAGAAAGCUCCCGCUGCUCAAGACGCCAGAGGAGACGACAUGGCUGUAUCACGAGCUGGGUCGCUGCCGUAUGGAGCUCCAGGACUAUCCGGCCGCCAGAGACCUAGGGGAGAAGUCUCUGGCCGCCGCAAGAGAGGCCCAGGACCAGAUGUGGCAGCUCAAUGCCAGUGUUCUAGUCGCCCAGGCCGAGAGUGAGCUAGCGUUGGUUAAAUGGUCUAUAUAAACCGGUGGUGAGGUUGAGAGAGGGCCAUACAGUAGCAAGGAUUUGCUUUUGUCCUGUUUUGAUGAAGCCCUGGUAGGUUACAGUGCAGGUAGAGCACUCUGCUUACAGUGCAGUGUGUUGUGCCCACCGAGGGCAGAUAUCCUGGGUUGUACAUACUUAUGCCUUGCCUUGCAACCACGUUGCUGUUUGCAUGCAUACAUGCGUGCCACAGAAGUUUUAAAAGAGAGCUACGGACAUGAACACCGGGAAGUUUUCCUAAGCUGUUAGCAGUGCAGGGUGUAAUUCAGUACACGCUUGAAAAUGGGUGUGAAAUUUGGGUGUAAGAUGGCAUGUUAUUCUCAGGUUUAGAGUACAUUCUUCAAGGAACAGCAGUGUAGUGUGUAAUUCAAUGAGGUCGGGGUGCAACUUUAACACAAAGCGGAAGAACGUACAGAAAGUCUGCAUAAUUAU